CUCUCCGAGAAGAGGCACGCGGCGCAGCCCAAAAAUGCCCCGAAGCUGCCCGGAUGGCGCCAUGAACCCCACGCAUCGCCUGCCAAGCGCUGCACCCCAUACGCCAUCGAUGCGAUGAGAUUGCUAUCUACCACCGCUGAGCUACGCAAGGAAGAAUGCUGUUGCAUCAGCUCGCCUGGCUCGUAGCAGCCGCAGGAGUCGUCGUCGAGGACCGCGGCUACACCUCGACGAGCACCGUCUACGCCGCGCUCGACCUCGGGCCGCAGCGCUUCGUCGUGGCCGUCGCGCUGAAGGCGACGCCCGCGGAGAUUGAGAAGACGGCCACGACCUUCUGCAGCGAGCACCGUGAUGACAUCACAACGCUCGCGCCGGGCAUCGACGGCGCGUGGGCGGCGGACGCGUGCGCGGGCCUCGUGCGCGGCGCCAUACACGACGCGCUCGCGCCGCGGUUCGAGCUCUCGAACCGGUCGAUGGCCAUCGUCGACUUUGCUGGUGAUGAUGACGGGCGCCGGCGCGUCGAGGUCGCGACCGUCGCGACGGCGCCCGAGGGGCUCGGACGGCUCGUGGCCUCAAUCGCGGCGCACGACCACGCCCUGGCGCCGCGGCUCUGGGUGCUGGGCCUCGGCCUCGGCUUCGUGGGGACGGUGCAAAAAAUCGUGUGGACCCGCAGCUGGCUCACACGGCUCCCCUCGUCGUCGCUCAUUUUAUUCGUAGACGCCUACGACACGGUCUUCCAGCGGCCGCUGGGACCCAACGACGUGCCACCGCCAGGGAAAAUCGUCUUCGGCGCCGACCGAGUCUGCUCGCCCGACGUCUGCGCCGGACCACUGGCGCGAACGCCAAAGGGUCUGCGCUACCUGAACAGCGGAAGUUAUCUCGGCGAGGCGGCCGCCGUCUCUCUACUGCUCGACGGCGCGCUGGCAACCGAACCGCCCACGACGGCGUCGGACCAGUACGUGCUGUCGCGGCACGUCGCGCGGCGCGCCUCCGCCGUCCGCGUCGUGCUGGACGUCGACAACCGCUUGUUUUCUCCGCUCGACGGCGUGCCGCGCGACGCGUUCACCGUCGACGCUACAAGUGGCCUCUGGUACGACGCUACAAGUGGCCUUGCGCCGCUCGUCCUGCACUUCAAUCGCGACGCAAAGACGCGCCUCGAUGAGGUCGCUAG